AUGACCUUGACCGAACUAACUUCUUUUUCGGUAACGAGCGCCAUAGCUAGGCUACUGGUCGGAAGUGUUCGGCCGGGAGGGGGUGAGUGGUCCCUCGGAGAUAAGUGCGGGAGAUCGUGGGUAUAUGAUGGCGGCAUCCAUAAUAGACUUGCUUUCAACGAUAUCGAUGGAAGUUCAGGAAGUUCAGAUAAACAGGGUAGCAGCCAUGGUGCCAAGACCCCAGAGGGCAGCUCCGGCUCCGAGUCUCUCUGCUCCAUUGUGCUCAAUCGGGAACUCAUCCGGGUCGUCAGUGUUGCAGUGACCUCCCUCCUCAGUCGAACUCAGCGUGCAGUUAGCCGAGUGGCCAUUGUUAUCCUGGAAGGUAACCUGGGCGGUCGACCAAUCAACGGUAACGGAGGAUGUAUCGCAGAUAGACUUGGUCUCGAUGCCCCUGUUAUGGCCACACUUCUUUCCGAAGGGCUUCGAACUGCCCUUGCAGCCAAAAAGCUCAUCAUCGAGGAUGACAGUGCAGUGAGUCACGUACUCAUUGGCCGGGGGCGUGGUCGUCCUGAGGGAGAUCUGGGAUCCGGCGACGAGGGACAGCUAGCAGCUUGGGGUCUGGAUGGCAGGAAGGAAGCGAUUGAGGCACAACAGCUCCAACUUUACUGCAGAGACUGCAGGCCCUCUUAUAUGCUACUCCCCGGACAGGCGUCUGCUGUCGUUUAUCCACUGGUCGCCGACAACGAACAAAUCGCGCAGCAAGUAUUCGCGCUGAGGUCGGCACUGGACGGGCUUGGCGCUUGGCGCUUGGCUUCAGGGUUCAGGGACUCUCAGGGUUCACGGACCCUGAGAAGUCCCUGUGGCAGCUACUCUGCGAGCGGCGGCGGCGGCGGCCAUAACGGUACUGAACUAUAUGGGCGCACCGAGAUAUCCGGCCAGGCCCCACCAGCAGUACCUUGGGCGGAAAGGCACAUAGCAGCGCACGCUGGUAAUUUCGUUCUCAAUGAGAGUGCCAAUGGGAUUGCUAUAAUAGCCUGCGGCUUCAGCGUACCUGAAAUAGGCAGUUAUCUCGGGCUGAGUAUAGGCUGGAAGCCUUUCUCGAGCGGGGAAGGCCGAAGCUGUAGUGGCAGACGUCUGGCUAAGUGCCCGAGUUACCAGGUAGGGUAG